GAACUCAGUCAAUCGUGUCAAGGAGCUGAAAGUGAACCACUCCAAAUGAGGAUAAUGGGGGAUGAAGAUGAAAGCUUGUUCACUUUAAAACAUAUUGACAUUUCAUAAUAUUCGCCGUUGCAACAACUACGACCCCUGUGUUUUCCCUUUGAGAUCAUAAAAGAUAACAUGGCACGAAUCAGGUUUCCUAUUUUAUUUCGUGGCGGCAGCCUCAGGGCCUGGUACUCUACCAAAGCUAUCAGUUUUGUUCCAGCCUGCCCUCCGCUGGAUUCUGUAGAAGUGGACAAGUUGCAUGAGUUGGUCGGUCGAGCGAAAAAGUUAUUUGUGAUAACGGGAGCUGGGCUUUCCACGGAGUCCGGAAUUCCAGACUAUCGCUCCGAAGGCGUCGGGCUUUACAGCAGGACCCAGAGACGUCCUAUUCAACACGCCGAGUUUCUGAGGAGCGCCCUGGCCCGACAGAGAUACUGGGCACGGAACUUCGCGGGAUGGCCACAGUUUUCAUCCUAUCAGCCAAAUUCAGCCCAUCUAGCCCUAAAAAAAUGUGAGGUCCUGGACAAACUGCACUGGCUAGUGACCCAGAAUGUGGAUGCAUUACAUUCAAAGGCUGGCAGUCAGCGCCUGACGGAGCUGCACGGUUGUACUUACCGUGUAGUCUGUCUGGGUUGUGGAGCUCAAUUGUCUAGAAGCCAUUUCCAAGAUCAACUUUUACAGCUGAACCCUAGCUGGAACGAGGAGGCACAGGAGGUUGCUCCAGAUGGAGAUGUCCAUUUAAGUGAAGAGCAGGUGAAACAUUUUCAUGUUCCAGACUGCAGCACAUGUGGAGGAAUCCUUAAGCCAGAUGUCACAUUUUUUGGUGAUACAGUACAACGAGACAAAGUGAACUUCAUUCUACAGCGUCUGGCCGAGGCUGAUGCAGUACUAGUUGCUGGCUCAUCUCUACAGGUUUAUUCAGGAUACAGGUUUCUCCUUGCUGCUAAUGAGAGGAGGUUGCCAAUUGCCAUAGUAAACAUUGGUCCCACCCGAGCAGACCACCUUGCCUGGAUAAAGCUUAAUGCCCGCUGUGGGGAAGUCCUUCCCUUCAUAUGGCCAGUAUGAAGGAAAGCAACGGCUUUGUCUUCUCUGGGUCACAACACAGUAAGCUGCUAAUGAUAAACCACAUUUGUUAAAUUUUACCAUGCAAAUUAAAAAAAAAAAAAAUGCUAAUAAAGUAGUCUGUUCUGGCUAUAUUCUCCUCCUUAAUUGGUCUGUUGACACUAAAUACUAUAUAUUUUACAAAUUCAUUAACAUAAUGAGAAUUAGGCAAGCUA